AUGAGCGGACAAAAUCAAGCUAUUUGUUCUGUUAAUGCCAGUGCCAACAAUCGAGUAAAAUCACGAACCUGCGUUUUUAUUAACUCUAAUGAUCCCUCAAUAAAAAAUCAAGUUAUUAACAAUCUUAAACCAUUUAUCAAGCCUCCGUUCCCACCUACAAUUGACCCAUGUGAUUUAAUCACAUUACUUCCCAAUGGUAAAACAUCAAAAGCUCCUAAUGCUUUCCUUGUUUAUAGAAAAGCAUUCAUCGAUGCUGCUAAAAAUGAUGGUUAUUCCCUCCCCAUGACCGUUAUUUCUACUAUGGCCUCUCAAUCUUGGGAGCAAGAAUCAGAGAUCGUUAAAAAUGAAUAUAAACAACUUGCAAAAGAUGCAUUUGAUUAUCGUAACGAAAUUGUUCCAAAAUCCGAACGUAGAAGAAAGAGAGAAAAAUGGAAUAUUAUUACAUUCUCUAAACCAUCUCGCAAAACUCCAAUUAUUAAAGCUAAAAAAUCUGAUAAUAAACUACCAUCUCCUCCAAUAUCAUCUCCAGAACCUGAAAUUGAUAUUGCUUUUAAUAAUAUUGUCCAAACUACUGAAUUACCUUCAGAAUUACCUUCAGAAUUACCUCCAAAUAUGACUUCUGAAUUAUCUUCUAAUUUGGACGUUUUGGCGGAAUGGACAAACUUCUUUGACUCGCAAAACUUUUCUUCUAGACUAGAUCUUUCAGUUUCCGGAAAUAGUUCUCCCGAAUUAAAUAACGACUACGAAGUUGAUCUUGGAAUCGCUUCUCCCGAAUCGAUGUUCGUUAAUUUUCUUGAUACGCAAAUUCAAAUAGAACAACCGCAAACGAUUUGCCCCAUGGUUAAUUAUAUGCCUUCAUUUAGUGCUCAUGGUCUUGAAUCUUCAAACGAUAUCGUCUUGAAUAAUUCAUUUAUUGGCGGCCUCGACUUCCAAAAUGACCUCGCGAAUACGGCUAUCGAAAACUUCAACUUCUCCGUAAUAUAUCAAAAUAACUUAAAUUCUGUCGCUUCUUAUGAAAUGG